AUGGUCAAGCCCAAGAUUGCGUUGAUUACAGGAGCCAACAGUGGCAUCGGUUUCGGAAUCGCAGGCCUUUUGGCAGCUCGACACUCUGAACAUACUCCCUUCAUCAUUGUGCUGGGAUGUCGAUCAAAUGCUCGUGCAGAAGCAGCUAGGAAUGCUCUGUUGGACGAGUACUUUCCUGAUAAGAGGCAGGAAGGACUUCAAGUUAUCCAAAUCUUGUUGGUUGAUGUCGGAAGUGUCAAGAGUGUUUUGUCGGCUUGUAAGCAGUUUAAGGAAAGGUUUGACCAACUAGACCUGCUUUUCUGUAAUGCUGGAAUUAUGAACGUUACUGGUCUGAACAUCAAGAACGCUAUCUGGAUGCUACUUACUGAUCCGAUGCGCUUAUCAAGGACUGGUGGAGGUGGGGAAGUCUUGACUCAAAAGAAGGACGCCAAAUCUGUCGAUGGCCUUGGAGAGACUUUCCACGUCAAUGUAUUUGGCCACUAUAUUAUAUUACGAGAGCUAGAGUCACUGCUAGAUGCCGCUCCAAAAAGCCGGGUUAUAUGGGUGUCGUCGUUGACAGCUGUAUCCGAGUUUUUGAAUCCAGAUGAUUUACAGGCUCUGACCAACAACUCGGCUUAUGAGUCUUCGAAACGUCUCAUGGAUGUUUUGAGUAUGCAGUUAUCUCGUCAGUGGGUUGGGAAGAGCAGGUAUUCCUUCAUGACGGAUCCUGGGGUUACAAUGACGGGAAUUGUCGGUGAUUUGUUACCUCAGUGGGCCUUGACCUGUGCAUACUAUACGAUGAGGCUUUUGGGAACUGGAGCAACUCCUUCAUCUGGUGAUGGUGCUUAUUCUGCAGUUCAUGUCGCAUUGGAUGAGCACAUAGAGGAUCUGAAGCCUACAAUCAAAUAUGGGUCAUGGACGUCUCCAUUUGGACACACGUCUAUAGCAGAGAGGAAGGUCGAGUCCGUUCUUAUGAGAGAAGAGGGCGUGUUGAGUGCUUUAGAGAAGCUGUAUAUGGAACGAUCUGGAACUUUGCGAGUGACGGAGACGACGAGCAUGCCAAGGAAGAAUCAGGCAGCGCUUCCAAGUACAUCAGGAGGACACGUCAAGUCUCUUCCUUAUGAGCUUCAGUCGCUUCAAUGGAUUGAAGAGGAAUGGGUACUGAACAGGCAGAAUCAGUACUGUUAUUGUGGCAGUGAACGGCAUGGAACGAUGAUCAGAUGCCAGUUAUGCAGACAAUUGUUCCAUGAAGAAUGCACAAAUGUGUCUCCUGUGCCUUUCCUACAUGGUGAUGUAUUCUUCACCUUCACUUGCUCGGUCUGUGGAGCUGGGCAGCAAACAUAUACAAGGCUUCCAAUGAGCUGGGCUUCAACGAUACAUUUGGUACUUUUCCAUUUGGGACAAGAGCAUCCUGAGUCUGAAGAUUUUAGAUGGAAAGAGGAUAUAUGCCGAAUGAUUGAUGAGCUUUGGACAACGUUGUGGCCUGACAAGCCUCGGCCUGCUACAUGGCCAAAUACCGUGGCAAGUGCUCUAUCAACGCACAAAAAGCUCUUCAAAUCUGGGUUUGAGCAACAUGAGCAGCAAGGCUGGUGGGGACUAGUCCAUCAUGUGCCUCCAAAACUUUCCCGAAAACCGGAAGAAUCAACUCUACCCGUUGUCGUAUUCUUUUCUCCCGACGACGACUCAUUUAUAUCGUAUAAUGGAAUACCGUCUGCAGAAGUCCACGUAACACUACCAUCCAGCUCUGGUAGACCGAAAAGAGAACGUGAAACUCCCACUCGAUUAAAGGAUGGUGUUUCAACACCAACGAUAGCUCCUGGUAAAAAGAGGAAGCGAGCCGUCAAUGAAGACAUUGAUAAUAUGAAAUCCAUAAAACCGGAAAUGAAAAUCGUGAAAAUUGAGGAAGCAUCACGUGCUGGAUCUAGUGAAAUAAGUGAAGCUAUGCCGGCAUUGUCACCUUCGGUGGAAGGCGAACGGACAGGUGGCACGUCAAGCAAAAAGACUCAAUUUACUGAGCCUAUAAUACGUAAAGGUAUUCUUCCAUCAGUGGUGGUGAACAAGCCACAACCCUCAAAACCAGAACUCGAGCUAGCGAAAGCUGAAGUUGCUCGAGCAUGUGCAGAGAGUGAAACUCAACGUAUGGAUGAUGAAUUCCUGUCAGUCAAGGAAGAAUCAGAACUGCUGUCGCAGUUAUCUGGAAAGUCUGUCGCAGAGAAUCGAAUGCGUCGCAAGCUACUUCUUAGACAGUUCAACCGUGCUAGACGCUUGCCAAUAUUUGAUCUGGAUGCCUCUGUCUUGUCUACAAUACCCAGCGUCACUCGUUUACCCAUAACGAGAAAUCAUCAAAACUACUCGAAAGCACAAAUUCAUCACCCUCCAUAUGCAGAGACAUUUGCGGCAACGCUACAUGGUGUACCAUUCCUUUCUCAUUGUCUGACGAAUCCUGAAUCACGUUCCAGUCCAUAUACUGGUCGCGUGUUGAGGCCAUUCAUAUGGAGAGACUACAAUAGUCAGCCUCCUGCCUUGUUGUUACUUGAGGAGAUUCGCCAUUUAUAUAAGACAAACUCGGACGAGGAAGAAGUCAUAAGUAUUGAUUAUAGUCACUUUCAAUUCUUCCAUUUGGAUCAAGUCAAUGAUUUAUUGUGGAGAGUGUUUUGGCCUGGAAUUGAUGUUGCUGAGCAUCUCAUGUAUCCGGAUUAUUCGAUUGUGGUCAUGUAUCGCCGGCUUGUGGUCGGGUGUGCUUUUAUGACUCCCGAAGGUUACAUUACCUAUAUCGCUGUUCGACCGGGGUGGGGUGGACAAGGUCUAGCCAGGUUCAUGUUGUAUUAUCUCAUACAAAUUCUCCCAUCACGAGAUAUCACGCUUCAUGUUUCAGCAAACAAUCCAGCCAUGAUUCUGUAUCAACAGUUUGGAUUCAAGCCAGAAGAGUUUGUAGUCAACUUUUUCGACAAGUACUUGCCACCAGAGAGUCGAGAUUGCAAGAAUGCAUUUCUUGUUCGACUGAGACGAUGA